CAAAAGAAAGACUCAUAACUGCAGACUCUUUGACUUCCUUCCCUUUCUUUUUCUAUCUAUUUAUUUAUAUAUUCCUGUCACCUGCUUUGUAAGUAAGCUAACGGUCUCUGCAAAUUACAACAUCGAUCCCUCCAAUCACUGAUUUAUUAUCAUAAAGAAGCUCGAUUUAUUUCCCGCCAAACUUAAUCCAACCAUGAAUCGUGAUCCUGGUCGAGGUCGAGGACGAGGACGAGAUCUAGGUGGAGGUCGAGGACGAGAUCGAGGUCGAGGUCAAUGGCGCAGUCCCGGAGGAGGCGAGCAUUGGGUUCCCAAUGGGAGAUCUUCGGAUCCUUCUUCCCACAGUAACUACUCUGUUGGAGCAGAUGAGUCUUCUUCUGAUGAGAAACCUUUUAGCAACAGAGGAAGAAACUCGCAGCGGAAUUCACGAGGGUGGUUUCCAAGUUAUCCCAACAGCACGGGUAACAUUUUUUGGUCUUCUUCUGAUGAGAAACCUUUUAGCAACAGAGGAAGAAACUCGCAGCCGAAUUCACGAGGGUGGUUUCCAAGUUAUCCCAACAGUGCGGGUAACAUUUUUUGCCAGAGGGAACCAUUAGAAAAUAAGUCAUUAGAAGAUAGCAUGUCCAGUACGGGAAGGAUCCUGCACGACCGAAGUGCUCCCAGUUGCAGCAGUAUUGGGUCAAAUCAGUCAGAUUGUUCUGUGGCUUCAAAUUCAGUUAACAAGGGCGAUUCUGCAUUGAUGCCAGCUAUUUCAGGUUCUGGGGAUAUGAAGUCUGAUAUUGUUAGCGCUCCCUUGGAAAAGGGAGCAAAGGAUGGUGCAAUGCACCCUGAUUUCUGUCUCAAAUUGAAUAGUACUGUCCCAUUGCAAAAUCAGAAUGAGUCUCACCUGUCAUUUCAAGCUGGUGCUAAUGACCAGCUUUCACAAGAAAAGGAUCCCAAUAUUGUGGUAUCUGCUGGGGAUUCGGGGUAUUCAGAGCAACAGGCAGUGGUUGAGCCUUUUGAUAUUUGCCUGCCCAAGACUGGAACUACUCUUAAGCUAAAACCUUCUUUGCUUGUGAAGAAUAGAGAAAAGAGGAAUGAUGUUAGACGAGCUGCAGAUGGGGUGAAUGGACGGAUACUAAGAUCGGGGAUGGUUUUACUAAAGAAUUACUUAUCCCUGCAUGAUCAGAUAAAAAUAAUAAAGCUAUGCCGAGAUAUUGGUCUGGGUCCUGGAGGUUUCUACCAACCAGUUUACCGUGAUGGUGGAAGAAUGCAUUUGAAAAUGAUGUCCCUUGGUAGAAGUUGGGACCCUGAUAGAGGUAAGUAUUUAGAACAUCGGCCAGUUGAUGGUGCCAAGGCACCCAUUUUUCCUAGUGACUUCCAUCCGCUGGUUGAGAGAGCAAUCAAAGAUUCCCAUGCUCUUAUAGAAAUAAAUUGUAAAUCUACAGCUGCUGAAGACAUUCUACCACCAUUGUCACCUAACAUCUGUGUCGUAAACUUUUACUCAGAAAGUGGGCGGCUUGGUCUUCAUCAGGAUAAAGAUGAAAGUCCAGAGAGUCUGCGCACAGGAUUACCUGUGGUUUCCUUUUCCAUAGGAGAUAUAGGAGAAUUCCUAUAUGGUGAUCAGAGGGAUGUUGAGAAGGCAGAAAAGGUUAAGUUGGAAUCCGGGGAUGUACUGAUCUUUGGCGGGAUGUCUCGACAUAUUUUUCAUGGUGUAAGUUCUGUUCAACCAAAGACUGCCCCGGCGGCCCUGCUUGAUGAAACAAAUCUCCGUCCAGGUCGUCUAAAUCUCACUUUCCGUGAGUAUUGAAGACCAUAAAUAUACUAUGAGUUGUUUCUAGUGAUUGUACACAUGACAGUUCUGUUGUGUCCCCCCGCUUAGUUUUGUUGCGAAGCCAUCAAUACUCGUGGAUACAAUCUAAAAAACUACCUUUUUUAAUCUGCUGACUAGGGCAUACGAAAGCAUCCCAUACGUGUGGAGAUAUAGUUGGGCUGUUUGUAAGCUCUUAACUACAAUGUUAUUUAAAAUUUAAUACACUAUUGGUUUUUGUUUAGUUUUA